GCAGCCGUAGCGGCGACGCCCCAGAGGCACCAAGGCCCGCCGCCCCUGGCCGCGGCAGCGGCGGCGGCGGCGGCGCACGUGGCGGGGGGCGGCCCACCCCGCGGAGGUGCUCAUUCCGCCCGCCCACCAUCCCGCCAUGGUUGGCCACGCCCACUCAGUCUUGGGCGGAGGCGGCGGCGGUGGCGGAGGCGGCGGCGGCCACGUCAGCUCGGGUGCCUCCAGCAUGUCUGUGUCGCGCGUGCCCUCCCCGCUGCCCGCCGAGAACAACAUGCCCGUGGCAGAGAACUGGUGCUACACACAGGUGAAGGUGAUAAAGUUCAGCUAUAUGUGGUCCAUCAACAACUUCAGUUUCUGCCGCGAGGAGAUGGGCGAGGUGCUCAAGUCAUCCACCUUCUCUGCCGGGGCCAACGACAAGCUGAAGUGGUGUCUGCGAGUGAACCCCAAGGGCCUGGAUGAGGAGAGCAAGGACUACCUCUCGCUGUACCUGCUGCUUGUGUCCUCUAAUAAGUCUGAGGUGCGGGCCAAGUUCAAGUUUUCCAUCCUCAAUGCCAAGAGAGAGGAGACUAAAGCCAUGGAGAGUCAGCGUGCCUACAGGUUUGUGCAGGGCAAGGACUGGGGCUUCAAGAAGUUCAUCCGCAGAGACUUUUUGCUGGAUGAGGCUAAUGGGCUGCUGCCAGAUGACAAGUUGACCCUUUACUGUGAGGUGUCGGUGGUGGCAGACAGUGUCAACAUCUCCGGGCAGAGCAAUGCCAUUCACUUCAAGGUUCCUGACUGCCGCCUCUCUGAUGAGCUGGGCAGCCUCUUUGAGUCCCAGCGAUUCUCAGAUGUGACUCUGUCUGUGGCCGGCCGAGAGUUCCAGGCUCACAAAGCUAUCCUGGCAGCCCGGUCCCCUGUGUUCGCCGCCAUGUUCGCCCAUGAGAUGGAAGAACGGAAGCACAACCGGGUGGAGAUCCAGGAUGUUGACCAUGAGGUGUUGAGGGAAAUGCUCCGCUUCAUCUACACUGGCAAGGCGACCAACCUUGAGAAGAUGGCAGAUGACCUACUAGCAGCGGCCGACAAGUACGCUCUGGAGAGACUGAAAGUGAUGUGUGAGGAGGCUCUCUGUGUCAACCUGAGCACUGAGAAUGCGGCCGAUGUGCUCAUCUUGGCGGACCUCCACUCAGCCGAUCAACUCAAGGCUCAGGCCAUUGAAUUCAUAAACACACAUGCCACAGAUGUCAUGGAGACUCAGGGGUGGAAAUCCAUGAUCCAGUCCCACCCGCACCUCAUUGCCGAAGCCUUCCGUGCCCUGGCCACCCAGCAGAUCCCGCCCAUCGGCCCGCCCCGCAAGAGGAUAAAGGCCAGCCCCUGAGCCUGGCCACAGACCCCACCCACAGACUGCCUCAGGCCUGCCCAGCCUGCCCCCAUGCCCCCCUGCAGCACCCUCACCCCACCCAAUGCCCUGCUGUGGCUUGGGGGGUAUCUGGGGGGGGAGGGCGAGGGCGGGCCACCCUUCCCACCAGUCAAGAGUACAAUCCAGGGAGGCGCUCCCACCCACUCAGGAUGGCCGGACCGACCUCUCGGCCCACCGUGGCCGCACGGACCAAGAGACGAGGCCAACACUUGAUCUCAGUGCAGACACAAGUGCACACACACACACACACACACACACACACACACACACACACACACACACACACACACACACACACACACACACACACACACACACACACACACACACACACACACACACACACACACACACACACACACACACACACACACACACACACACACACACUUUGAAACACCCCCUCAUACACACAUAUGCAUACACACAUAAGCACACACAUACAGCCACUUGUACAAAGCCCCACACACACACACACACACACACACACACACACACACACACACACACACACACACACACACACACACACACACACACACACACACACACACACACACACACACACACACACACACACACACACACACACACACACCUCUCACCCAAGCUGCAGACAGCUUGCAGCAUGACCCUUGAGGACUCUGCUCCCCCUCCUCACCACACCCAGUACACCCACAACCCCUGGAGGCCUCACCCCCCCAGGCUGCCCCACCCCUGCCCUGCCAGGACUCCUGGGGCACAUGGGGUAAGGAAGUGUGAAUCCUCUGCAAUGUACAAGGUUUACUUUAGUCUGUGCUUUCGUAGGUUAUAGAAAACGGGCUCGUGGCUCAGUGAAAACAGCUAUCGGGACCCUCCUCAUCCUCCUCCUCCUUCACAACCACCACCACCACCACCACCACCUCCUCAUCUUCCUCCUCCUCCCUCCUCUUCCUUGCCCUCUCCCUCACUCCCCUUGCCUGGUGACUGGUAAUGAGGGAGGGAAGGAAGUGACCCUCAUCACAACCUCACAACCUCAAGUGAAUGAGUGCUGAAAUUAAUGUGAAAAAAUAGAAAGAAAGAAAACACAAAAUGAACAGAAAGAUUCCCAAAGAGAUGCCUCGUGGAGCACCCACCCACCCACCCACCACUCCGCCCCCCACCAACCAUCCCCACACACCCACCCCACCGUAACACCCCCUCACCAGUGCAGCAGAGACUGAAGAAAAAAAAAAAAGACGACUAAGUUGGUGAUAACCCUUCCCAUUCACCCCCUCUCAACCCCCCUCACUCCCCUCACCCCACCUCACACCCCCAAACUGAAGACAGACGGUGUGUGAUUUGCACUGCCUCAGUUGAAAAUAUGUGUGGCGGAAGUAAACAAACAAACUAUUGAUGGAUGGGUGGAAAUGUGACGCUAAGAAAGGAAGGAAGGAAGGAUAGGGGUUGGUAGAGAAAAGUCCUGCGAGGGAUAUGUGUGUGUGUGUGUGUGUGUGUGUGUGUGUGUGUGUGUGUGUGUGUGUGUGUGUGUGCAUAUGUUUGUAUGAAAGGAAUUUGUUAUUUAUUUGUUUUGUGUUUUUUCUUUGUCGUAAUGGAUUAAUUUCUUCUUGUCAGCAAGGAGAUAAUGACAGAAAGGUACUGACACUUUUUUUUUUCUUUUUUUUUUUGUGUGUGUGUGUGUGUGUGUGUAAAAAAAAUGUAGCUGGAGGUAUAAUAUUACAUACUGUUUUCCUUCGUUCGUUUGUUCGUUUGUUGUAGUUUUUUCAACAUCAUCAACCCUCAAUCAUUAUUAUUAUUAUUAUGAUUUUUUACACAGUAUCACCGUCAUCAUCAAUUUUCUUUUAUUAUUAUUAUUAUUCCUUCCAUCAUUGCUGUGUUGCUCCACUUCUCCUCGCCUGACAUCACCAACACCUGAUCUCCUCACAGCAUCAGCAUCAUCAUCAGCAAUAGUAGGAUGAGGGAGAUCACCACUCUUGUGAGCAUCGUGCCAUGCCAACGCCUCAAUUACCUACUUUUUUUAUCAUUGUUCUUGUUUUGUUUUAUUAUUUUUAUACUGACCUGUGGAGCCAGCCCUUCUUUCCUCCUACUUCAAGCCCCCUUUAACUCAGUCAGUCAGCCUGCCAGCCCUGCCUGUCACACAUCACUCCUCACACCUGCCUGCCUACUACCUCACUCCUUGGGCUUUGUAAUGACACUCAAUCACUCACCUGCCUGCUCACUUGCUCACUCAGUGGAAUAAUUGCUUCAAGUAUCUCUCUCUCUCUCUCUCUCUCUCUCUCUCUCUCUCUCUCUCUCUCUCUCUCUCUCUCUCUCUCUCUCUCUCUCUCUCUCUCUCUCUCUCUCUCUCUCUCUCUCUCUCUCUCUCUCUCUCUCUCUCUCUCUCUCUCUCUCUCUCAUUCUGAGUUGGGAUUCAGUAAUAAUAAAGAGGUAAUGGUGAGAGAGAGUGAGAGAGAGAGAGAGAGAGAGAGAGAGAGAGAGAGAGGAUGUAGGGACGCAGGGAAUAGCAGUCAGGGAAAUGAUGUACUACGGGGACAGGUUAAAAAGAAAGUUUUUCUCAGGGGAGAGAGAGGAAUGUGGUGAGAGGUGGAUGGGGCAUAGAACACAUCAGGGAGAGGGAAGGAGUGAAGGCAAGGGGGAGGGUUAGGAAAGACCAGUGGAUUAGUUACGGGAUAGGAAUUGAAGUAAAAGUAGAUAAAUAAUGAUGAUAAUUUUAAGAUAGGUGAUAUAUGUAUGAGCAGAAUUGUAAAGACAUGCAUGCCAGCCAUUCAGUUAGUCACCCUCAUGUCUCUCACAGUCAGUCAGUCAGUGGAAUAUUAUUGAUUUUUUGCCGAAGUACAAAGUUAUUUUUAUAUUAAUGUUUCCCCCUUUUUUUGUUUUGUUUUGUUUGUUUCCUUUAAUUUAUGUAUUUAGUUAAUAUACACAGGUGAUGUAAGUGAACAAGUGGGUGGGUGUGUGUGACAGGGCAGGGAUUCAUCACACACACACACACACACACACACACACACACACACACACACACACACACACACACACACACACAGCAACUCACCAAGUCACUUAACCAGAGAGAGAGAGAGAGAGAGAGAGAGAGUUAUAAUAUUAGUUAUCUCUGAGCAGUCAUACUCACUCAGAACUUGAAAUAAUAACAAUAAUAAUGAUCAUAACUGUCAUUCUUCAUUUCACAACCAGGGAAGUGUGUGUGUGUGUGUGUGUGUGUGUGUGUGUGUGUGUGUGUGUGUGUGUGUGUGUGUGUGUGUGUGUGUGUGUGUGUGUGUGUGUGUGACGUCCCCUUUCAUGUAUCCUUAGUGACAUCUUUGGCUCAGUACUUGCAUAACAUUUCAUUAGACUCGAGAUAAUCUAAAUUGUUUCAUCCCUAUCCAUGCACUUGCACCUUGUUCCCCCAUCUACUUCAGUGUUUCCCCUUUUACACUUAUUUAUACGCCCUCCUUUCCCUUCUUUUCUCUCAGUCAACCAGUACACACACACACACACACACACACACACACACACACACACACACACACACACACACACACACACACACACACACACACACACACACACACACACACACACACACACACA